CAACACCAGAGCAAGCCGUCUCGUUGGUUGAAGCGCGCGUUCCAGAAAUGGGCAGCAGCGGCAACACUUUAAAAAGGUUGAGCAAACGCUGCCUCCUUCGACUCUCCGCCGAUUGCCAUUCGCUCCUCCAUGGGAAAAGCUUCGGCGAAGCUACUCUUACGAGCCAAAGAUGGAGACUUUGCCCCUUGUCUUCCCCUUGUAAGCUCGCAGGUUUCAAAGGUGCUCCUCCUUCGCGUGCCUUUUCAACGUCGUCAUCGUCAUCAAAGGUCGGGUUUUUGCGAUGGUAUUUAGCGAAGCUCGAAUCCAAACCUCUUAUUACGAAAGCUGUCACAACUUCAAUUAUCUUUGCUGCUGCUGAUUUCACAUCCCAGAUGAUCACUUCAGAAUCUUCUGGUUAUGACUCAAUAAGGACAUUACGAAUGGCUGCUUAUGGGUUGCUUCUCUUGGGGCCGUCACAACAUCUUUGGUUUAACUUAUUGUCAAAAGCUUUGCCCAGACGGGAUAUGCUGACAACCUUCAAGAAAAUGUUUUUGGGGCAGGCUGUCUACGGACCUGUGAGCACUACAGUUUUCUUCUCCUAUAAUGCAGCUCUACAAGGCGAAAGUGGUGAAGAGAUUGUGGCUAGAUUGAAGCGUGACCUCCUCCCGACAUUGAUAAAUGGUGCUAUGUUCUGGCCGCUCUGUGAUUUUGUUACAUACAAGUUUGUACCUGUUCAUCUCCAGCCUUUAAUGAACAGUACAUGUGCCUACAUAUGGACAAUUUAUUUGACAUACAUGGCAAGCUUAAAGAAAGUGAGCAUCGAUUAGUGAUUGUUUUGACUUCACUUCUGCGGAAUUAGAUUGGUAAGGUUAGCUUCGCUGUUGAACCAUUCUGAUUCGCGAUUCUCGUUAUUCUUUUCUUGAGCCACGAAAUAGGGUUUUGGGGGCUUAGUUAGUUAUUACUGUUCUCUAUUACCAAGGAACUAUAAUUUAGUAAUUUCAUCUCUGAUAUGUUGCUGAGGAGAGGGAAUUUGAGUAAAGAGAUAUGAUGUUGUUCUUGACCCUACCAUGGAUCUGAUUUCGGUUGAUUA